GGCUGGGGGAGGUGAGAACGGUCAGAGCUGGAGAGUCACAGUCUGGAGAGGAGACACAAAGUUCAGGACACAACACAAGUAUGAUGUUUGCAGGGAAAUACCUCAGUGUUUGGAAAUUUUAACACGGAGCGAGGAUAUACGUGGACUUUUAACUUCACGGCGAAGAUAAUCCAUAUUUUUUGGACGAGCGCAUCGUUACGCAGGAAGAAAAAUACCUUCCAGAUCCAGCAAAUCUCACCAAACCACCGGGAUGUUUAGAUGAGACCAGUAACUCCAAAAGGUCCUCCAAAAGGCUUUAAGAUGCUCAUACCUCCACAAUCACCUUUCUCUUCUGUGGCCAGUGUGUGGGCUGUGGCGCCCUCUGCUGUGUGACCGAGGAAGGCUAGGAAAGGGCAGGCAGUAUGGGGAACAUAUUUGAGGAUGGGAUGAAUGUGGUCAUCGUCAGCCACUACAAUCACACUGGGAAGUGGGACCGGCCUCGCAGCAGCGUGGUCUAUAAAACGAUCGUGUUGCUCUUAAUCUGCAUUCUGAUCGUUCUGGAGAACGUCACGGUCCUGCUGGCUCUCUGGAGGAACAAGCGCUUCCACAGCCGCAUGUACUUCCUCAUUGGAAACCUGGCACUGUCAGACCUCCUGGCUGGUGUAGCCUACAUGGUUAACAUCUUCACUUCUGGACGUAACACCUUUUUCCUGACACCAGUGCAGUGGCUGGCCAGAGAAGGGAGCAUGUUUGUGGCCCUCAGUGCAUCCACAUUCAGUCUUCUGGCCAUUGGGAUUGAGAGGCACAUGACUAUGGUGCGUUUGCGUCCGUGUGAGACAGCAGGUCGAGGGAGACUUCUAGGACUGCUGGCAGCCUGCUGGCUUGUGUCAGUGCUGCUCAGUGCCCUGCCCAGCCUGGGCUGGAACUGUCUGAACAACAUGACCUCCUGUUCUACAGUACUGCCGCUCUACGCUAAGAGUUACGUGGCAUUCUGCAUCAGUGUUUUCAGUGCCCUGUUGGUGGCCAUCAUCAUCCUCUACAUCAGGAUCUACCGCCUGGUGACCUCUAGCGGCCGCAGGGUGAGCAGCCGGCCUUCAGAGCGCUCGCUGGCCCUGCUGCGGACGGUAGUUAUUGUUCUUGGACUGUUUGUCAUGUGCUGGACACCCCUCUUCCUCUUGCUGCUGCUGGAUGUUGGUUGUAGCCCAAAGGAGUGCCCUGUGCUCUACCAGGUGGACUGGUUCAUCGCCCUGGCUGUGCUCAACUCUGCCCUCAACCCCCUCAUUUACACUCUGUCCAGCAGGGAAAUGAGGGCAGCAUUUUUCCGACUGCUGUGCUGCUGUCAGACCAGCAUGGAGUCCACUAGGACACCUGUGGUCGGCAACCCCCACCUAGGUACAGUCAUCCCCACAGUAGAGAACAGCAAGACUAGUUUAGGUGGCGGAGGGGGCAGUGGUGCUGGCAAGUCCACGCUUAAUAGGGCGAAGGUUCCCACACCUAUGAACUCUGACAACAAGCACGGAGGUCCCUCUGCCACUGCUUUGCCACAUCCUACUGGACCUGCAGACUUACUCUCAGCUGUGCUUGUGAAGGCGGGGGCGUUGCCACCUCGUGGCAAGUUCUGAGUGGACGCACCUUAAUGAGGCCUUACAGUCACACAGACGUACAUAUAGAACUGACACAGUCCUGCUAUCAGCCACUUUUUGUUUAUGCACUAGUGCAAUUAUUUGUGUCAUUAAAAUGAACUAACUAACUAACUAACUAACUAACUAACUAACUAGCAUGGAUAAAAUGAAGGAAUGAUGAUGAUUCAGUUGGAACCACAUACAUGCAGAUCAGAUUCCAAUCAAACUCAUCUAAAGCCACUAUUUACAACAACUCAGCAAUAUUAUACACAACAACAGGGUAACUGAUAUGUUGUGCUGGUUUGAUACAAUGAUUAAUGUUGACAUUUCAAAUCUAUGAAAUAGAAUAGGACAGUUGAAUGGGCGUGAACUAAACCGAGCCCCAAAUUAAAUCUCUUGGCUUAAUUCAUGUCUGAAACCUGAAGCAACAACAGAGUAUAAUUAACUCUAUUAGUGUAGAUUUUUUUUUUUUUUGCAUGUGCUAAGUACUCUAAAAACACCUGCAUUUUGCAUCACAACUUGACUUUAUAAACUAUUUAUUUUCCGUAAAAACAGUUGCCAUCUUAACACUAUUGGUAUAUAUAUAUACAGUAUAUAUACCGGUGUAUAUAUAUAUAUUUUUUUUGGUAUGGUUUGUGUUCAUAAAAACAUCAUGGUACUAGGACUUUAGAUUGAUUUUGUUCUAAUUUGAGACGCACUGUGAGAGAAAACAAUACCAAAAGAUUAUUUUUUCAGACAAGCAGCCUCAUGAAGCUGUGAUGCUCAUAUCACACCAGAAAACAAAACAGUCUGAAAAAAAAUGGAAAGGAUACAUUGCCAUCAUAAGGAUUCUUGCCACCACUAGUGGGCAAGAGUGUGACGAUGGACAGUGAGAGAAGAGAGAUGUCUUUACUUAAAUCAGUUGGGUUCAACUUCUGCACGGUGGCCAUGAACAGAACUGACUCAUCUUUUACUGGUCUAAGCUCUACUUUGUCAGCACCAGCUGCACUGUGAGCUGAAUUAUUGUGGCUAGUAACUACACUACACUCAUGGACAUUUUUGCUUCUCAUCAGCACAUUUAGAAACCACUCACACGUCAACUAACCACUAGUGAAUAGGAGUAUAGGGUUAUUUAAUGGUGGUAGACUGUAAAUGACAUUUCUGCCUAGGGUGGUGUGGUGCCUGAUACCAUUUUAUAGCAAAUAAAAUAAAAUCCUAUUCCCUUUUA